CAGCACUGAGAGAGCCGCCGCCAUUUCGGUACCGUCCGCCGGAGCCGUUGGGUCCGGGCGGUGCUGCGUUCCCCGUUUCCCGCCGCUGCUAUGAGCCGCCUCAGCGGCGGUUGGGAAGGCGCCGGCGAGGAAGCCCAACUCCUCCUGGACCUGUGCCUUCAGUGUUUGACAAAGAACCUUUCCAGAUAUGCUGCAGAUAUUAAGUCAUUGCCACCCAACAUAAAGGAUAAACUAAUUAAAUUAAUGAGUAGGCAAGGGCAAAUAACUGAUUCAAAUAUCAGUGAGGUAUUGCACCCUGCUGUAGAGUCUCUAGACCUUCGAGACUGUGAUAUUUCAGAUAAUGCGUUACUGCAGCUUCAUAACUGCAAGCAACUGAAAAAAAUCAACUUAAACUCUUGCAGAGAAAACAGAUUUGGAAUCACUUCAGAAGGUGUCAUAGCACUGGCCUUAUCCUGUCCUUACUUGCGUGAAGCAUCUUUUAAAAGGUGCUGUGAUAUAACUGACAGUGGAGUUCUUGCUCUUGCGCUCAACUGCCAGUUCCUACAAAUAGUGAACUUGGGCAGUUGUUCAGGCAUCAUGGAUGCAUCUCUGCAAGCACUAGGAGAAAACUGCAGAUUUCUUCACAGUGUGGAUUUCUCAUCUACUCAGGUAACAGAUGAUGGUGUUGUAGCACUAGUAAGUGGAACAUGUUCGGAAAAUUUAAAGGAGAUCCACAUGGAACGCUGUGUGAACCUGACUGAUGUCGCUGUGGAAGCGGUCCUUACUUGUUGUCCGAAGAUACAUAUUUUUCUGUUCCAUGGAUGCCCUUUGAUAACAGAUCGUUCCCGAGAAGUUUUAGAACAGCUGGUCAUAUCAAACAAAAUCAAACAAGUAACAUGGACUGUUUACUGAUUGUUUAUCAUGUACGUAUGAGUGUAAAGUUUACAGCUGGGAGAGCUCUUUCAGAAAACAAGCACCUUGGAGAAAUAGCACCUUGGUGACUUUUGGACCAUCAGAUUGCUUCCCUCCUUGUUCCCACUAGAGGUCUCCAUCGCCAUUCCAGUCCUUGCCUGUGAGUCUGGGCUUCCCCGUUGUCUCUACUUAGAGCCCUGUCUGUCUUUGCAUUGCUAAUCAUACUUCGGUAAGAGGAGAGUUAAACUAUAAUUAAUAUUACACUGUCAUCGCUCAGCCUCCUUCAAGUAUGAGAUUUGGCUACUACUCUGUAUCUUUUACCAUCGUAGUUAUAUAUACAAACCAAAUUUAAGUAAGUCUGUGUUCUGACUUUGUAGUCUGAGAGGGUAGUUGCAACUAAAAGUACCAACCCAAACAUUAUGCUGGAGUGUCUGUAAGGUUGGGACUGUAAUCUGACAAAAGUCAACAAAUCAAACUGGUGACUGGAGGUGGCAUUAACAGCAGUGCAAAUGUAUUUUUAGUAAGAAACAGUCUCCUUUCACCAUGUACUUUUGCUGGGUCUGGAAAAAAACUGUAGGUACCUUUUUUUUGAUGUUACUGAUGCUGCAGGUUUCUGUUCUUAUUUUCUAAUACUUGCUGGAUUUUUAUACAUCAAAAACUACAGUCUGUGAACAUGUAAACAUAAACUUUGAAAUUGUUGUGGUGACUUAAUUACAAAGUAGUAGCUAUGACUGAUUAAAAAAAAAAUCUUAUAUAUGGGCAAAUACUUAUUUGCUCUGACUUUUGCCUAAGUUGAUGAAAAUCCUUCUAGGGAACAAAAACACUGGUCCUCAUAAGCAUUGCUGUGAGUGAAAUAGGACCAAAUUGAAUGAGUACAUGAAUCUCAGGAUGCUAGAGUUCAGCAGAGUAUGUGUUCUGCUGUGUGUGGUUUCUUUCCAGUGGCCCCAGAAGCUGAAAAUAACCACUUAUAUAUUGUUUAAUUUGGUCAUAAUAAAGAAAAAAUCUUAGAAGUGUAAAAUGUGUUUAUUACAUGCUGACAAUUAGAAGUCAUGUUCAUUGGCUUUCUUGAAACAGCAUAACCUCUAGUGGCACUUUUGGGAUUUUUUUACAUUAAACGUUAAAAAAUGUUAGCAAUUUUAGCAUUAUACAGGGCAGGUGACACACUAUGUUGAUAUUCUGCAUCUGGAAGUAGCAGGGUUUAGCUAGGGUGAUCUUACAUGGAUCUGAUGACACUUAGGAAGCCGUGAGUUUAGGCAACCAUAAGGAGUAUGUUUACAUUAUGAUUUAACACUUGUCAUAGCCACAGUUAUUUAAAGUGCUGCAGAAAUAAACCAGUCUUCUACUAAUCUAUUUAAAAUUCAGGUCAAAUUGCAUGGAAGAUGAUAAUAUAUGUUGCAUCCAGUAAUAUUAAAGGAUAUUACAAUGUCUGACAAUAAUCUCUGUUCUUCUGUUGAUUAUAUGGUUUACGGAAGAGCAAGUUCAUGUGGAAAACUUGUUCAAGUGUAACUGAAAGCAUAAUUUUCAAACUCCAGUGCCUAAAUGCCUGGCUUCUGCUGCAUGCAGUGCCAUGUCUCAGCCCAGUGAUGAGUACGUUCCUAUGAUACCUAUAGGCAUAGUGGCAUUAGUACAAACCAUUCCUGCAAACAGGAGAAGUUGGUUUUGCUAUAUUAGCAACUCGCAUCUGAAGGCUGUAAUUGCAGUGACUCCUUGGACCAGAUUGAGGCCUAAGAAUGUAAUCUACCACAUUUUAUUCCCUUUCUUGGCUAAAGAGUAGCUUAUAGGAUUGUCCUGUGGAAUCCCUGUUAUCAGUCAGGGCCCGUCAUUUCUUUGAAGUCCUGGACAUGAGUUGGCAAUAAAUUUGUUUUGUACUGUUUUUCAUAUUGAUCCAUCUAGCUGAUUAGGCAGCAGCAAUGACACUCUCAGUAGUUGUGACAAAUAAGUAAAGCAUAAGGACCAUGCUGCCAGCCCUGGCUUCAAGAAAGCAACCGCAAAAAAAGUAAAAUUGUGAGCUAACUCAGGUGGGACAGGGCCUCGGCAGUUUUCUAGUCUAACUUCCUGCCCAAAGCAGGGCCAGCUCAGAACUCAAACCUGCUUCCUUAGGGCUUUAUCCAGCCGAGUCUUGAAAAACUGAAGAUGACAGAGCCUUCACAAACUUUUGAGGCAAUUUGCUCCAUGGCUUGACUAUAUUAAUGGUGGGAAGAUUUUCCCUUCUAUCCUGUUUUGACCCUCUUUUGCUUCACUUUACAACCCUUCUCCCUGGAAGAGCCUGGCUGUCAUCCUGCCAACCUCCUCAAUAGGUAUGGGCAGGCUGCUUGUAGAUCCCUUGAAGCCUUUUCUUUUCCAAGCUGAAGAAGCCUAGUUCCCUCAGACUUAUUGUAAGACGUGUAACUACAACAUAGUGUGGUGACUAUCGCCAGACUCUCAUCUCAAGUGCUACAUCCAGAAAGAAGAUUCUAAAUGGAGAUGGCAUAAAGCAGCUAAAGGCAUAAGAGCACCAAAAUCUUUAACAGCAAAGGACACUUACGAAACAAAUUCUAUCUGUGGGACAGUGCUACUACUAACCUCACUGCCUGAGUGGUUCUUUUUGCCCUUGUUAAUGUAAGUUUGGAUUUGUCAGGUUGAAGGCAAAUGCAGCUUAUACUGUGUCCUUAAAUGUGCAUGUAGAUUUACCAUCUUCUCCUGUCGCCUCUACUAAAUGUGUAACUUAGUGGUAGAUUCUCAUCUGUGCUUAAAAAUCUGUACAACACUGCAAUGAAUUACCAGUGUAUUUUUAGGCUUGAAAGUUUAACAUAAGUGAUGUUAAAUCCUUCAGUGUCAAAGCAUGAGUCUGUAUGCUUAUGUGUUUAUUACUAGCAUAACUACUGAAAUAUUUAUUGAUUCAAGUUAAAUCACAGUCAUUUUCAAAAAAUGCUUACAAGCAUAGGGUGAAGUGGGAGAAGAACAUCUGGUCUGCACUGAUGUCUUCAUAUUCCAUAUUGUUUGGAUAUUGUUACUGUUGUAUGUUGUUGGGUUAGCAGUGCAGAAUACUUACUGUACUGAAGAUUAAAGUUUGCAAACCUCC